UGCUUUUGGUUAUGACUUUGAUUUCGAAACAUUGUUUGAUUAGGUUCGCUGGUUCUCAUUAUGCUUCAAAUGGGUCGUUGCUUUUGCUUUUGAAAAUGACUCGUAACUGUGCCUUCAUGAGGGGCUAGUUCCUUUUUGUAUCUAUUCUAUCGGCUCUUCACAGGGGCUUUACUGUGCAUUUAUGAUUCUGCGUCUCUGGUCUCUGCCUCUCGAUUUUGAUUUUAUGUGAGGCCAUUGAAACUCAUGAACCCGACAUGUCGGACUCACCUGCUCAAUCUGGACUUUGCUCAUAUUAUCCCCAUUCUGGAUGCAGUUCUAAUUCAGGAAAUCUCGUUGAGCUUCGUUGUGCUGACUCGUUUUCAGAGCAGAGCAAUCUUGGCAUAAUGACGGGGACUGCUGGAUUACUGGAGAAAGAUGAUGGUUCUUUUCCCUACAGAUUUCAGCUUGAACAAGAUGUGAGAAGGUUACAACAAAAGUUGCAAGAAGAGAUAGAGCUACACACUUCCCUUGAAGAUGCUAUCCAGAAGAAGGAUCUAGGAUUAGCCAGUUUCUCAUGCCUCCCUCAUCAUGCUCAAGAUCUUCUAUCUAGCAUUGCGGUAUUGGAAGAUGCAGUUGUACGACUCGAGCAAGAGAUGGUCUCUUUACAUUUCCAACUUAGUCAAGAAAAGAAUGAAAGGAGGCUUGCAGAAUAUCGUUUAAUGCAUUCAUCACCUUGUUCAAUUUCCCUUCGCUCCAAUUCUGACUCCAUGAAAAAAAUGGAUACAGUUGACCUAGUCGAAUCACGCUGUGAGAAGACGUCUGCAACAGAGGUCACCAAAUGUUCCCAAUCUGUAGAAUGUGAGAAAAUGUCUCGAGGGGCACCAUCAAGUGGCCUUUGGCAUCACCCUAAUAUAUUAUCAGAAGAAAUGGUAAGAUGUAUGAAGAACAUAUUCAUCUCUCUAGCAGAUUCUGCUGUGCCAUCCAAAUCAUCAACAUUGGAAAGCCACUCACCUGCAUCACCCCGAGGACAUCUCUCCAAUUCAUCAUGGUGGUCAUCAUCUGAACGGUCCAUUAUUUCAUCUCAAGUUCAAAGUCCACAAAUUGAUCUUCCAUGUAGCUCCGAAGUAUUGGCCACAAAGAAUGCCUGUGAUCCAUACAGUGUACGUGGAAAGUUAAGCUGGGCUGACAUUGGGACUUAUUCUCAAGCAGCUGAAGUUUCUUGGAUGUCAGUUGGAAAGAAGCAAUUAGAAUAUGCUGCAGGAGAAUUGAGGAAGUUCCGCACUCUUGUGGAGCAGCUUGCAAAAGUGAAUCCCAUUCAUUUAAACAGUGAUGAAAGGCUAGCCUUCUGGAUUAACUUAUAUAAUGCACUGAUCAUGCAUGCUUACCUGGCUUAUGGAGUUCCAAAAAGUGAAUUGAAACUUUUCUCUUUAAUGCAAAAGGCAGCAUACACAGUUGGGGGGCAUUCUUUCAGUGCAACAGGAAUUGAAUAUGUCAUCCUCAAGAUGAAACCACCAGUUCACAGGCCACAAAUUGCUUUGCUUCUUGCGCUUCACAAAUCAAAGGUGACGGAGGAGCAGCGAAGAUUUGCGAUAGAUAAACACGAACCACUUUUAACAUUUGCCCUGAGCUGCGGGACGUACUCUUCACCUGCGGUGAGGGUCUACACUGCAAAUAACGUUCGGGAGGAUCUUUUGGAGGCACAGCGUGAUUUCAUUCGAGCUUCCGUAGGUGUUAGUAGCAAAGGGAGAUUAUUGGUACCAAAACUCCUAUAUUGCUUCGCCAAAAACUCCGUUGACGAUGCAAAUUUGGCGGUAUGGAUAUCACAUUACCUUCCACCCCAUCAAGCUGCCUUUGUUCAGGGCUGUAUAGCGCAGAGGCGGCAAAGCCUAAUCGGUUCUCGCAACUGCGGUAUUCUUCCUUUCGAUUCUCGCUUCCGAUACUUAUUUUUGCCCGAGAGAUCUUCAUUGCAAUGACAUCUUCAUGCAUUUGUAUAAAGAAUCGCCAAGUCUUCAAAUGUGGUAUUCCUAUUCUCUGCCUUUGGUUGCAUAA